CGACCUCUUCUUAUCUUCCUUGCUUUCUUUUAUUUUCUUUCUCUACCUCCAUAAUCCAUCACACAGUAAUUGCAAUUACUAUGACGGAUGCUGGAAUCAACAUCUCAUUUAUUUUUAUUGCUUUAGCAACUAUCGUAUACGGGUUCUUCAACGGGUUUCACAAGAAUUGCCCCACCAAAUGGCUGUAUACUGCUUUUCUCCUGUCCGAAGCGGCUUUGGUUGCAUCUUGCACUAUUAUGAUAGUUGUACCGGCACCAUACGAAAGUGAUGGCGGGUUUAUCGCAGCUAAUGUCCUUCAAGGCGCGUUUACUAUAAUGACUUGGAUCCUCAUGUUUGAAAUUCUUGCAGUUGCACGACAAAAAGAAUCAAGCAUCGACGAUAGGAACAAUAACAAGUCCUACUUUGGGCUGGGCCCAUACCCCGUCCGGUUAUGGGUGUAUGCCUACGGCGUUGGUGAAAUAACAGCUAGUGUUAUCUUGACAAUAAUCUUUGGUGGCGGUCUUGGCAGAGCUGUGCUUCGUGCCUCUACUGUCGUCUAUUUGCUCGCCUUUUUCGUAUGGACUCUCAAAUGGCCACAAGAUAUCCGCGUUUUUGGCGUGCACUUUAUAGCGUUCGCUAUUUUUUUGAUGCUGAGCGUCAUUGGAUCUGUUGUUCUGUUCGUGCUACAACUCGUAAUGUAUAGAAGUUGGAGCAACUUUAUAGUCCUCGAGUCAGCAAUUUCGGCAGGUGCGAUCAAAUUUAGCGGUUGUUUGGCCCUGCUUAUCCUUGUUACGACGAUUUCCCAAUUGCACUUUCCACGGGAAGGUGCUAUAGCCAUCGGUGAUGAAAGCCCAUCGCAACAACGAGGCUCAGGCUACUCUCUUCUGCCAUCCUCUUAUAUGAAGCAGCCCAAUGAUGAAGAAGAAAGCACAAAGUGAGCCAGCAUGCUAUCUAAUUCUCUCCCCGUUUUCCCGGUGCGGCCCCCAGAAGGAAGAAAAAUAAAUAAACCGCAUGUCCUAUCGCUUCUUUCUUUCUUAUUAUGAUAUCUUGAGAACUUUUUCAUGAAGCGAUUCUACUACCAAUUUGUAUCUUAGGCUCAGUGAUGCUUUGUCAAGUUCUGCUUAAUGGUUUUGCUUUUAUUUGUGGAUCUAUGAUACAUUAUGAUGUAUGCAUUAGAACUGAAACGGUUUUCGUCAGGUGUCAGUUCAGGAGGGUGUUUAAGUCUUUCAAUCUUAUUAUGGGCAGCCUGAUUUUCAUGCAGUUUUGUUGUAUUAUCACUACUGUCUCUGUUUUCGUAAAAUAUGAGAGAGAUUGCACGGAAAUUCUGUAUACUCAAACGCACAUGUAAUUAGUAAUAGUGACAGCUAG